AUGGCUUCAAGAGACGUCAUUAAAACUCCUUCAUCACUGGUUUGUCGCUAACUGCUUCAUACUUAAUUCUGUGGUAACUUUAGAUAGUUAAAAUAUAGCAAAUUUUUGACAUCUGCCGUAGUAACUAUUCUAUAAAGAGGUGUCAGCGCUUCGCCGUCAAAGAGUCGCGAUAGGUAUCACCGAUUCAUAACGGAUUUCGUCCAUUUGGCUGUAUGCAUGUACAUAGAAACAUGGAAAACACUCUCAUUUAAAUUUCUCUUGGGGCACUACAUAGCAAAGCGAACUCGUUGCAAACUCGUAACGAGGGCGCAAAUCAGCGGUCCCGAGCUCGUUUCGUGUUCCGGUUAGUCCAGGCAAUCAAGGUCGAUGCGCCCUCAUAACGAGCUGGUAAUUUGCGACAGCGGACUCGUUCCGUGGCCAUAUACGCUAUGGCGAGCUCGAAAAUGCGAGAUUCUCAAUUUUAAUUUAACUGGGGUUUUACCGUACGGUAUCAGGACGUCCUGAUAUGCGCCCCGCUGUAGCGUCCGUUUAUACAUUGGACGGAAAGUACGAGAAAGAGCUUUCGCAGGCGCUAAAAGACAUAUGUCGCAAAGGAAGGGUUUGCCGUCUAGCAUCUGCGUGGCGUCGUUUGGCGGCUCUGUUUCCGUGGCAACCAAAUGGAAAAGGUCUGAUUAAUCGGCCAAACCUAUCGCGACUUUUCACAGCGAGUCACUGUCGCCUCGCUAUUGAAUUGCUACUCCGAUGCUACUAUAGUAACAUCAUCCAGUGACUGGAUGUACUCCUAUCGCGACUUCUCACGAUAGUAGUAUUUAUGGGUAAAGCCAUACAGAGUCUGAAAACUUUCCAGGCUGUUUUCGACUAGCGCCUCGCUGCUGACUUAAAACGUGUCAAACGUCUGUGUCAUGAUAUCUGCUUCCAGUGGAUGAGCCAUUUAACCUAAAGAUAUUUGCUUUUGGCCGGAAUGAAGUAGGGUAUUUAAUUCUAAUAUGCCUGAUAACAUUUGCGAAGAAAAUUUGAAAUACAAGAACUAAAACAGCAGGUAAUUGACGAUGAGGCUGAACAGCAAGGCGUGGAAAAAUCAGAUGUUAUUGACAUUGGAGUAGGCUAGAUUUUUACGGCGCCCGGAACCUUCCUACAUUAGACCUAUGCGCUCAAGCGUCUUUUUCUGAUACAGGACUGUCGGGUACACAUAGUAGGCAAUUUCAGGUUUGGCAAACUUUGAGGUAGGAAAUACCGAUUUCCUGUUGCUUUUGAAGGAGCGUUCUGUCUGUCUCAGGGGAAGUUGGUAACUCAUCACAGUAGGCAUGCAAUUUAGGCCUUCCUUGGAUUGCUCCAAAUAGUGAAUUGUUUGACCUUCUGCAUGUCACUUUCUAAUUAUCUCCAUGAAUUACUGUUCCUUAUUUGACGAAGUUGUGUGACAUAGAAUCAUUUACCGCAUUGAGUUUUGAGUAAAAGUCUGUCCAGAAGUUCUCACAUGCACAUACUUGCUGUCCAUUGCUUUUGUUCGUGUAGACCUCGGGACACGUUUGAUUUGUCGGUGCAAUCACUAUAGUAAAUGAUGGUGGGUAACAUUUAGUACACAUAAGGGGUAUGGGUAUUCCACUUUCCAAUGUAGAAUAGUAUAACCUUCUGUACGGAGAACUAGGUAAGGGAAAAUACCGGUAACGUAAAAGUGGAGCUAAUAUCACGGAGAGAAUGGCGUCCCCUGCACGUUUUUUUUUCGAGGACGAGGCUAUCGCGUCCACAGCCCCGUCAUAGCCUCGCCCAUACGAGGUCCAGCCCUCUCUGCCCCCGGGGGCUUGACGGGGCUGGUGCUAGCAGGGCUAAUUCAUGCCCUUCACUUCCUUGGUUACUUUCAUUUUCUCCAACUUGCCGCACACAACUAGCCCUUGCCAUUCAAUAAAUAAGCCUUACUCCAAGUAAGGUGCUCUUCCUGUUCAUCGCACCGAUUAGCCUCCAUGUCCAUUUUGAAGCUGCUUAUUCGCAGCUUCGCUCGAAACUCCCAUUGCAUCUUAUCAAGCUCCAUGUUCCUGCUUGGUUGGCAGUUGUGUGUUGGGCUUAUCCUGAUAAAUAACCAUCCGACUUGCGGAAUUCUCACAUUUUACUGUCCGACGUCACAAAUUUUAAUUUUUUCUCCGUUUAUAGAUGAAAUCCUGGCUUGCCUGGUUUGGCCUUUUACUUUUCGGUACAUUUGUGUGCCCUAUCUCGUUUGACACCGUAAGUCCCUACCAUUUACACCGUUGGCGGAUUUUGCAUUUUCUUUCACAAGAAAAUAUGGGGCUGUAUGCCUUCUUCCGCUCCCCCUCCUCCUCCUUUUCCUCCAAUUUUUUCUCGGAUAUAUUUUCGCAAUAUAAAGCCGCCAGUUGAUUUCAGGAUAAUCGAGCAUUAAAGCAUUUCAUGGAAAACGAGUUGCUUAUCCCGCGGAAGCAUGUUUCAUGAAUUUAGUGGGACAAAAGCAAAAAUAUACAUGUCUCCCAGGACACUACUAAUUUUUGCUCUACGAACGGAUUAAACAAAGAGACAGAUUUGAAAUAUUCCCUUUUAGCUUGCAUUAGUUAAUUUAACACUUCAGAUCUUUCUGUAGUUGUAAGUGCACAAGUAUAAUAAGUCCAUGUUGACUCACCGUCCAUAUCAGCUUCAUCCCAUCGUGAUUUGAACUUUUUCGAGGGUUCAUGCUGUUUCCUUUUAGCGGUUCAUUGUUUGUUUUCUUACCACCAUUCUUAACGAACUCAUAGCCACAACAAUCGAGGCUCUUUUACGACUUUAAUGCACUGAACAUGGACGGCAAAUUAAUAUCGAUGGAGCAGUACAGGUAGUCUCAUCCUCUAAUUUGUCACUUAGCCUUCCGAAGGGGCCACGUUGUAUUGGUUGUCAACGUGGCUAGUGAAUGAGGUCUAACGGACCGCAAUUAUCGUCAGCUACAGGAACUGUAUACCACCUACGCUGACCAGGGCCUUCGCAUACUCGCCUUUCCGUGCAAUCAAUUUGGUGGUCAAGUAAGUAAAGUGUGACCUUAUUACCAAUCUCCACCUUAUUAACAGGAGCCAGGUACUAAUGAGGAGAUCAAACAAUUUGUGGUCACCAACUACCAAGUCAGCUUCGACUUCUUUGAUAAGGUUGACGUGAAUGGACCCGAUGCACAUCCCAUUUUUGCCUACCUCCAAGAGUCCCUCCCGGGUUUAAUCACAAAGUGGGUUUUUAUUUUUAUUGCGCUUUUGUCUUUCGUCCCGUAUUCUUUCUUGUAAAAUGUACACACUUUGUUCCUAAUAUGCAUCUAAAACUUUUCAAGCUGUUAGGCGUAAAAGACAAAUGAGACUCUCAGGUCUCUACUCGUUGUCCCAACUCUAACGAUGUUGGGGUAUUUUGCUUAAAUAAGUCGGUAAAUAUCUGAAAAGCGUUUUUGCUCUCAGCGGUAGCAGUUUCAGACGGUUCUUACGAAUAAGUCUUUUGUGCUACCUUGAAGAAUCUCCAUCUGUUGUAGGUAUCCCAGCUUAGUUGCUAGUGCAUGUAUGUCGUGUCUAGAGAUAUGCAUUUAUUGUGAUCGUUGACCUACUCGGGGUAUUUACUUUGAUGGUCUACUUUAUGCGACCAUAUCUCCACAUUUCCGCGGCAAUACGCUAACAUCAUGUGAAAGAAAUGUCGUUUACGGGUGCUUUGAAGAUUACAUGUAGCACCUUCCUCGAGAGGAUGCAAAUUUAAUGACCGUUUGCCAGAAAACAUAUGUUUUUUAGUUUGUUAUUUGGAAGCGUGACACAUCAUUCUUUUAAUAAUCUUGGGUUCUCGGUAAUUUGGCCUACAAGUUCUGCUAACAUGCACGAUGCGUUAUAUGCCGUCGUGGAUGUUAAACCAUGUUACAUGCACUACGUUUAGUCCUCAAACCUACGCAUCCACUAAAGCACCUUUGCUUUUAAUUGCUGCAAGGAUUUCAAUUGAACUUUCACGAGUUUAGACGCUUUGUGUACUUAAUUUUUUUAAGUUUAUCCCCUAAUUACACAAGUGGAUUCCUGAUUCCAAAGUGUUAGAGCCUAAGAACUGUUUAAACUCUAAGAGAUGUGAGAUCUUUUUUACGGACAUCUGUCACCCUUGUUUGAGUACAGCAAUGUGGCAGUAACAUGAACUGGAGUACCGACCCAAGCCUUACUUAGUUCUAGAUGCCCACAUUUCGCCAUAGAUCCUCUCCGUCAUAAAUUCUAUCCGCAUCUCAUAACUGCUGGUGCAUUUUUAAACCCCACAUACCGUUUUUGUAUGAUCGUAGAUAUUGCUUUAGCUUAUUCCUUGCAUGCAGAGAACCGUAUUGUACGUAGUUGUGGCUUACUUGUGUUUGCUUGGAACAUAUUUUGAUGCAAAUACGUUGUCUUAUCAUGUCGGAUUGCCCAUAGACAAAGCCUGCUGUGGGUUUGCUCAGGCUUGUUCGACAUACAGUGAGUGACCGAUCUCAUGAAAUGUUGGCUGAACUUCUGAAAUGCGUUUUCGAUUAGGAAGGAUUACUUAGGCGUGGUUGUAAUAUGGAUUAUCUUGCGGCAUAAUCUUAUAACAUUUCGGACUCGGCAGGGUGUCGGCGCUCGAAUACACUGCUUUUCAGUCUCCUUUAGAAAACGUACUCGGUAAAAAAUGAUCACUCAAGUAUCAUGCCUUUUUUCCAUUGAUUUUCGUCGGUCUUACAUAUUCAAAUAUAUCUUAUAGAAACCAUAAACAAAAUAUGUUUUCCUUCAGUUGUUUGAUAGAGAAUCACGUCUUGUUUAUAUUUUAUACUCGAAGAAGGAGUAUAAUUAAGUUUUUAAAAAAGUUUUCUAACUCCCGAAUAAUUUGGAGCCUGAUCGGUUGUUGCAUUUGCGCUUACUAAUUUCAGUCUACAAGGUGUAUGCGCUCCGCGUAAAGAAAAUCACAUAUUUUUCUAUGCCAUUAAAAAAGAUAUCAUACAGAGUCCAUGCAAUUUCGCGAUGGAUGCGGAAUAUGUUGUACAUCUCAUGAGGAGAUGUGGUAAACGGCCAGGUACGAUUCUAUGUGAAUGGACAUUGCGCGGUCUUAAAAAAUCUCAUAAUUAAAAACUUUCUUAAAACCUUAUUAUACUCCUUCCUUGAGUAUCAAAUAUAAAGAAGACGUGAUUCUCUAUUAAUUUACUGAAAGAAGGCAUAUUUUUGUUUAUGGUUUCUAUAAGAUAUAUUUGAAUUUGCAAGACCAUCGAAAAUCAAGGGAAAAGUGCAUGCUACUGAAGUAGUCAUUUUUACCCAGUAUGGUUCCUACAGGCGAUUGAAAGGCAGUGUAUGCAAAAGCUGAUAUCCUGCCGAGUCCGAAACGUUGUAAGAUUUUGCCGCAAGGUAAUCAAUAUUACAACCACGUCUAAGUAAUCUUUCCUAAUCGAAAGUUCAUUUCUGAAUUUCAGCCAACAUUUCAUUUCUAUGCCAUUAAAACGAUAUCAUACAAUGGAUGCGGACUAUGUUCUAAAUUCCAUCAUGAGCAGUGGUAAACGUCCAAGUACGAUGCUAAUAUGAAUGGACAUUGCGCGGUCUGAAAAAUCUCAAAAUUAAAAACUUUUUAAAACCUGAUUAUAUUCUUUUUUGAGUAUAAAAUAUAAAAAAGACGUGAUUCUCUAUCAAACGACUGAAAGAAAGCAUAUUUAUUUUAUGGUUUCUAUAAGAUAUAUUUGAAUUUGUAAGACCAUCCAAAAUCAAUGGGAAAAUGUAUGCUACUUAAGUAGUUUUUUUCUGAUUACGUUUUCUGCACGAGACUGAAAAGCAAUGUAUUCGAGCGCUGACACCCUGCCGAGUCCGAAAUGUUACAAGAUUAUGCCGCAAGAUAAUCAGUAUUGCAAUCACGCCUAAGUAAUCCUUCCUAAUCGAAAACGCAUUUCAGAAGUUCAGCCAACAUUUCAUGAGAUCGGUUACUCACUGUAAAUAUGCGCAUAAAUAUGACGGAUAAACGCACUUCUUCACUUUUCCACUGACAGUGGUAAGACGUUGUUGAGGGUCGUUUCACACGUCCAUUAUGAACAGUGGUAAACGUCCAGGUACGAUGCUAUGUGAAUGGACAUUUCGCGGUCUUAAAAAGUCUCAUAAUUAGAAACAUUUUUAAAACCUAAUUAUACUCUUCCUUAAGUAUAAAAUGUAAAGAAGACGUGAUUCUCUAUUUAUUGACCAAAAGAAAGCAUAUUUUUGUUUAUGGUUUCUAUAAAAUAUAUUUAAAUUUGCAAGACCAUCGAAAAUCAAUGGGAAAAAUGCAUGCUUCUUAAGUAGUCAUUUUUUACCGAGUACGCUUUCUACAGGAGAUUAAAAAGAAGUGCAUUUAAAAGCCGACAACCCGCCAAGUCCGACGUGUUAUAAGAUUAUGCCGCAAAAUAAGCCAUAUUGCAACCACGCCUAAGUAAUCCUUCCUAAUCGAAAACGCAUUUCAGAAGUUCAACCAACAUUUCAUGAGAUCGGUCACUCACUGUAGGUAGGCCUGGGGCAGAAGUUAACAGAGGAGUGCUUCCGCGCCCGAAAGUAUCAGGUAGAGUCUCAAUGGUAGGGCAGCUUGAGAAGGCGACUUAACCUAAAUUAGGAAUAUCAGCUGGUCCUAAAAACUAGGCCCUAUCAUUCACUGUUUUCAUUAGAUCUAGGACUGGCAUAGGAGAGCGGUGGAAUUUCCACUGCGAGCGGUGUUUGCCGCUAUAUCUGCAACGGGCUGAGAUAAUGACUGGACAGACAACUUGCAGUCGCUCCUUAAGGCUUACAUGUUCUAUAACUAUCGCCUGUUCUGUUGCUACUACUACCUCUGAUGAUGGACUCCUGCAAGAAUUCGAAAGCUCAGAACAAUAAACAAAAUGUUCCGGUGCUCGGCUCCUCUUCUUCUUCUUCUUCACUUAUAUAUACACCUGGGAUUUGAAAUGUCGCCUUCAUUCGUGAGAUUAUGACUAGAAAGACAGCUCGCCGUCGCUCCUUAAGUACUUACUGCAUUCUGUCAGCAGUACCAACCGUAUAACUUCAGGACGGAAGGAAACUGCUAUUUCUGAAAGAGUCCAGACCGACGCACUCCAAUGUUGUCCAGUUGGUGACAUUGAACUACAUUUUGUUUAUUGUAUCCUCAUGCUGAAGUGAGAGAUAAAUCACUGUUACCUCUAGAUCUAGUGUCACAAUGCCACUUAAAGCAUCUUCAAAACGGACAAUAGGCGGGUAAUAUUGGCCCGACAUAUUGUGCACCAAUUUGACGGCUUUAUUUCUUUUAUUCGGAGUUUUAAAAUAUGGCAUGUAGCUCAUAGUGUGUAAGUGCAUGAACUGGGUCUUAAUUUAUGGAUCAGAUUUAACGUUGGUCUUUUUGAAGGUUAAAGAAGGAAAAUUAUUUGACAGACUGACUAAAACCAGGAAACCAGUCCAGUGUGUCAGCGAUGACUACUCCUCUGUCCUUUUUUCUCACUCACCUUCCUCGUAUUCACGUCACGUUUUAGUUCGAUCAAGUGGAACUUCAGUAAGUUUCUCAUAGAUCGCCAUGGACGUCCUCAUUCACGAUAUUCGCCCACUACGGAUCCCAAGGCAAGUCUAUAUUAACGCCGCCUGGUUAUCUUAAAUUAGAGAACCAUCCGCUUCUCGCAACUCCCUCGGUAUCUACCUAGAUGCCCCAACAAACUACAAAACAAUGAAUGCUACAUUUCUAUGCUUGUUUCCUGUUUGUACUUUCCCAUCCGUAGCGAUUUUACGCGGAAAUCAUAGUCACUUAAGAUUGCUGAGUUGUUCUGUUCUUAGCCAGUCUAUACAAAGGACACAUUUCUUGGGAUAUUUCCAUGGAAGAUACGAUUUUUUAAGACUUAUUUUGUCAAAGGAUUAAAUAUUUUGGUCCAGACAAUCAUAUUCACACAGGAAUUUUCAGGAGCUUUUCGCCCAUGAUCGGCAAGUUUUUCAGACCUCAGCUCAUAAAGCAACAAAUAAAUAAUUAAACAAUGAUAAAAAAUAAUCUACAUGUACUUCCAAGCAAAUGAUGUUUCGGAUUACGGCGUUUUCAAAAAAAUCCUAUACUGCAGAUCAGUCAUUAACCUUCUGUCAAUUCUUCGUGAGGAAAAGCGUAACUGGCAAUGCAGACGUUUUUUUACUGUCACUGUCGGGAUGACCGGUGAAAUCGUCCUUGGGAAGUCGGCAUAGUAGGGCACAUGGAUUAUCAUGGGAAAUGGGGUACCAAAAGAGAAAGGCAGACAGGAAUGGCUAUUUUUGGCUUAUUAGCCGUAGUCAACCAGCUAGCCCUUCACAAACCCAGAGUUGCAGUGCCCUUCUUUUGAGUCACGGGCCCGUUAUCCUCUCGCUUGCGAUCGGGAAUUCUAUGUUGACAAUGCACUCACCGAUCGAGUUACAGGACGUGCUCGGACCCAUAGCUCAGUGGUGGAGCGUUGGCCCCAACAACUCUCGAUGGCCAAAGAACGCUUGUACCCAACCUCAGGUCGGAAUGACUUGAGAUACGAACGCGGGUUUUUUGAUCGUUGAGCGUUACGUAGUCCAACGCCCCGCCAUUGAGCUACUGGCCCUUCUCUGCACGUAGCACUAGCCGCCAUGCAAGAGCUCUAGGUUGAACCCCGAGACACGACGAGACGAGCACGUUCUGUAACCUGGUUGGCGAACGCGCCUCUACUUACUCGAACGGAUGUCUCAGGUUUUCUGCUGUUGCAUGCACUCAUAAGUAAUCUUCUUCAAAGCUUCGCACAUAUAAAACUUUUUGCCAAUAUUAUAUGAACUUCGGCGUAUACUGUGCUUAAGGGAACGCGUUGGACGAAGAAAUUCCGAUAAAAGCUCAGUCCAGUUUUACUAUGGAGUCAGCUGGCGAGAGAUGUAUGUGCACAACAGGUUGCAAUCGAUUGUUUUAGUCGUUUACAGUGGACGAAGUUCGACCGUGAAGAGCAACGAGGCUCAUUAGUGAUCUCGAGAAAAUCCAUGAUGACUUGUAAGUGAAGUUCUUCAUGAUGAGGCAGACUAUCACAGCAUCCACCUCACUCCCACUGUGCUGACAGCGACAGUGCAGCUGGGGUGGACGCAGACGCUCUGACUAUCAGCCUGCGCGUUCCGCUGGUCCCUAUUUCAUGCGGGACAGACUUCGGAGAAUGGUGGACCUGUAUCGUGCACUAAGAGUGUCAUGAGGAUCAAAUUGAUGAACCACUUGUGGUGGGCCCAGUUAUCCCAUCAUACCUAUUGCUUUUGGCACGUCGUGACAGAUGAAUGCGCCAAAUUGCCACGAAGAGGGGCAUCCCUAUAAAUGCCUCGAGUUCUCGCCUCAUCUAUGUUGGCAGGGCUGUUGGAGCGCAGUACCUAGGCCUACACAUGCAUUCCACACAAGGGCUCAGUGCAGCCAGACUAACGCAUAUCGUGAGAUAAUGUCAUUCAUUUCGGUCCUGUGUUGGGUUCAUGGGAAUACUUUUGAGUGAAUGGGGGACCAAGAGCUAGGCUGCCAAAGCUCCGUUAUGGCAUUCUCAUGGAUGUGAGGUCGGAGUCGCCCGGCACGCGUAGACGGGCUGUUUACUUUUGUCAAUCACUGCACCCGAUCCGGCCUUCCGUCGUGCUGACAUCGUCUUACCAUCGGAGCCUUAUGCAUGGGGCCGGUUUUUGUGAUAAUGCCCAUUGAGAGGAACCUUCUGGAAGACUGGAUCUUGUCUUCAACCUCGCCUGCCGGACACCCGACAGGUCCUUCGACAGCGGCCUUCCAAACACUUUCGCACGAGCUGUGUUGUUAAGGCUCCUUCAAAUGAGUAGUAUUGCGCCACACAGCAGGGGUGCCGUGCCCCCGUGACUGAAGUUUAACAAACUAACUGCUUAUCAAGGCCACAGGGAAUCGCCUAGCUUCAUCCUUGCUUGGCGGUCGGCUGCUUCUAAAACCGGAUUUGUAUCACGUGCAUUGAGUGACUGUCGAGGACACGCCCAUACGCAAACGACGUCAACCGCGCGCCCUCCGAAGUGAACUUAGGGCGGAGACUUUCGCAGCAUCUGCCGCAAUCUCCUACCCCACCCACCUGGGCCGUGUCAGAAAAAACGAGAGCGGGCUCGAACGCAGUGGCCGACGAAGCUAAACCGCUCGUCUACGCGUACCACACACGACCUUGUUCCCUCCACAUGCGGCGAGCUGCAGUAGGGUAGCUCGUAUCUCACAGAGGUGAGAAUACAGUAAAGGGUACAUUGGGAAGGGGCUAUUGUCGUCUGACUCUCAGUUCUGGGGAUAACUCAUUUAUCCUCUCAGUUGGCAGCUCCCUGAUUCGGGAUUUAUUACGUUCCGCGGUAAAUUUACGCGCGUAAUCUCUCUUAUACUGUGGGAUGCGCUGAUUUGCUGCAACAAGGGGUCCCCAGUUAAUGAAGCCGACGACCGUCUGCUUCAUUGGCUUUGCCGCCGCGUUUGAUUCCAUUCAUCGUGAGUCCCUGUGGUGGAUAAUGGCGCUAGAUGGUGUACCGACAAAAAUCAUCGCCAUAAUCAGGGCCUAUUAUCGCUCCACUACUGCGAGAGUUCUGGUUCGCAACAAUCUUUCCCAACCGUUCGGUAUUCGGCCUGGCGUCCGACAGGGUUCUAUCCUGUCGCCCAUUCUGCUAUUGACCGCAUCGUCGAGAGGGCCCUAUAGGAAGGUGACGGUGUUGAGUUUGCACCCGGACAUCAACUAACCGAUCUUGACCAUGCCGAUGAUAUCGCCUUGCUUGCUUCAAGUUUUGGUGAUCUGCAGUCUAUGGUGUCACGGGUGAACGAGGUCGCUAGAUCGGUCGGUUUGUCCAUAAACGCUGGAAAGACCAAAGUGUUCUCAAACUGCAUCCCUGAUCAGGAGAGGGCACCCCUUGGGAUUGACGGCUGUUAACUUAAAGAAGUAGAUAGUUUUAAAUACCUCUGGGAGAGGCUGUUGCCUAAUGGACAGAGUAAGGUCGACAUUGUCUCUCGAUGCUACCCGAGGGGUGUUCUCAAGCGUUCGGAAAUGCCUAUGGAUCCGACGUGACCUCUCCAUCGCCACUAAGAUUCGCGUGCACCGUCCAUCUGUCCGGUCUGUCUUAACGGUUGUGCAUGCUGGGCUUUGCGCGUGGAGGACGAGCGAAAACUGGAGGUAUUAGACCACCACUGCUUGAGGACCAUCCUUCGAGUGAAGUUCACCGACUUCGUCUCAAAUGAGACAGUCCGCGCUCGCUGCGACAACAUCGCAAGGAUAGCUCAGGCCAUCCAAGAAAGACGACUGAGGUGGUUUGGGCACGUUCUUCGUCGUCUGCCUCAGGAGCUCAGUGUUACUGCCCUCGAUCCGGCACCGUUGCCCCAUUGGAGGUGUCGAAGAGGGGGUCAGCUCAAAACCUGGCUCGACACAGUUCGUCAAGACAUGUUGUUCUUGGACCUUCGGUAUUCGGUCUCCGUCGUUGGCGAAGGGAAUGGGUUGAACUGUCAAAAUCUGCUGUCGCGGAUCGUCACGCGUGGAGAGGUACAGUUCGUGACAUAAUCGAGGCCGGUUAGAGCAGGCAUGAUCGCAGCCGUAUCAAGUACGAAGGAGAGGACAGGGCGGUAGAGGCUGUGCAAGUCACCGGCGCUGUGUUCGCCCCGUAAAGCAUGCUAUGGACGUCGUGGCCUACGACUGUGGAAAUUUCACCAUUCCUUCCUGGCUCAGCGUACCUACUGCCGCUGUUAGACUUCUCUGAAUCAACUUAUCAGAACUUCUUUCAUAAUAAGCUGUGAAUUUACUUGGUCGCGGUGAUCUUUCAGUAGUGGAUCGAAUUUUAUCUCACGCUGGAUGAAAAUUCCCAAAAUUUUGGAAUCCCACCUUCAUCGGAGUGUUGUCUACAAUAAAAUUGCUGAGCCUCAGGUUGAAAUGACCAUGGAUACUAGUUUCUUGACGACAGGGGAUUAAAUAAAGCCGGGGAUUGGCCAACAUAUUUUCGCGGCGGAAAGUAAUCCUUUCGGUGAUAGAAAAAUCUUUACACAAGUCGCAAGGUUGAGUAUUAGUUUUAAACUGAAGGAUCGGCACCUUGCUACCGGCUGCUCUAACUCUGGUGUUUACUAGGGUGUCUAUUAGUACAGUAGGACCCGCUAUCAGUCCAUAUAUCUACGACUAUUUUAUUAUUCUUCUUUCUUUAAGGACAUGGAAUCCGACAUCAAGAAGCUUUUGGCCGCAAGCUAG